CGCUGUGAACUCACCGGAGGCAGCUUCACGGCGGAGCGGGAGGCUGUUCGCCGGUCGCUGCAGCAUGCACAAUGCUUUCGGCUGUCGUAAGGACUCUACCUUCAGCAUCUCGUAGAGGCAACCAGGGCGUUGCGCAGCCCAGUUUGUGAUUAAUCAGCGUGCUCUAACGGGUUAUCAUGGCUUCCAGCUCUGGGAAGAUGAACCAACCCCCCGGCGGCAGCGGUGCAUGUAACGGUACCGCUAUUGCGGAUAUCCCCAGUGGUGUGAAUGCAGAGCAGGAACUGUAUGAUUAUCAAAUGCACACGAAAAUGUGCAAGAAAAUAGCACAGUUGACAAAGGUGAUAUAUUCUUUAAACACUAAGAAUGAGGAGCAAGAGGCAACUCUGCAGUCACUACGCCGUGUUGCCACGGAGACACAGGGCAGCCUCCAGCCAACCACAGGUCAGGAUGAAGAAGAGGAGGAGUCAGCAUUUAUUCUGAGGACACGCCUUCUAGAGCUGCAGGCCACCGUAGAGGAAGUGGAGGAGCGUGGACAGAGGGCUGAAAUAGAGUAUGCGGAGUGCAUAGCCGUGUUAACCCAAGAGACAUCAGAUCUGCGCAUAGACUACCAGAACCUGCAGACAGAUAGAGACAACCAACACAAAUUACUGCAACAAACACAGGAAGAAAACAAGCGCUUGGAGAAUGAGUGCCAAGAGCUACGUAGAGCCAGAGAUGAAGAGAGAAAGAGAGAGGAGGAGGAGAAGAUGCAUAGAGUGGAGGAGGAGAGGAAGAGAGAGAUGGAGGAGAGGAAUCGAGAGUCACAGGAAAGACAACGAGUAGAGGAGGAGUGUGAAGAAAGGUUGAAAACGGUAAGAAAGGAGCUACAGGCUCUGAGGGAGGAGAAAGAGAGAGUGGAGAAGGAAUGGAAGAGAGAUGUGGAGGAGUGGAAGAAGAGAGUGAAGGAGAUGGAAGAAGAGAGGAGGGAGGAGCAGAAGGCAGCUGAGAAGACACUACAAAAGAGCCUCAAUGAACACAUCAAUCAGUGGCACCAGAGAGAGCAAGAAAACCGCAAGUCCCAGAAUGCAACACUUCAGCAGAGGCUGAGAAAAGCAGAGACAGACUUGGAGGUUCAAGAACAGAGGUUGAAUGAGAGCAACAGACACUGCAGCAAACUUCAGGAGAGAGUAGAGGACCUUGAGGAUCAGUUGGAGGAUGGGCGUCACCGGGUGGCCGAGGCUGAGGCUGUGGCAAAGAAGGCAGAGGAGGAGUUAGCUGUAGCCAAAGAACGAUUAUUACUGCAAGAGAAUGAGCUACAGAGCAAGUCAGGUGCACAUGCACAGUACAGAUCACAUGCAGAUGCUCUAUCCUCUAUGCGUCUGGAGCUACAGCGAGCUCACACUGAGGAGAUCAGACGCCUUCAGCAGGAGGUGGAGAACGAAAGAAAGAAUGACAGACAGGAGCUGGAAGAAGAGAAGAAACGGGUUCAGCAGAAGAUGGAAGAAGAGAAAGUAAGGCUGAAAGAGCAGCUUCGGAAAGCACUUGAAGAAGUGAUACGCAAACAUGCCAGUGAGCUGCGGCAAGCGCACACAAUGCUGGAUGCAGAGAAAAAGAAGACGCAGCAGAUUGAGGAGCAGAUGAAAACCGGAGAAGAAGAGAGAAAGGCUUUAGAGACAGAGAGGGAAGAGCUACACAACCAACUACAGCUGUCCAACAGAGAGAUGGCGAAAUUGGAGGGGGUGAUUCAGACGCUGGAGAGAGAAAGAGAAGAGGAGAAGGAAAGGGCAAAAGAGAGAGAGCAGGAGUAUGCAAAGGUGGAGCGGCAGUCAGCAUGUGGCCCGGAGUGUGUACGAGUGAAAGAAGAACUGGAAAACACACACAGCAGUAUGCAGCAAAUACAGGAGGAGUUUGCUGCACAGAAGGAAGUGUUACAGGCAGAGAUUUCUGCUCUACAGCAAGAGAGAGACAUUCUACAACAGUCCAAUCAUGGUAUAGAGGAGAGAAUCAGGCUACAGUUUGAGAAGCAGUUCUCUGAUCAGAUUGUGGAAAUGAAGAGAGAAAGAGAGGAAGAGAUCAGAAAGAUGAACCAACAGUGGCAACACAGAGUUGAAGAACUGCAGACACAGUUGGAGGAGAGGAGAGCACUCUCAGAGAAAAUGGAAGGAGAGAGAGAGAGACGCUACGGUAAUGGAGAGAUGGAACGAAUGAAGCAGGAGAUCCAAAAGACAAGAGAUAUGAACAGCACGCUCAGAUCUCAGCUUCAUUCCACCAUUCAAGAGAAAGAGAGACUGAUGAGGCAGCAGUUACAAGUGGUAAAAGAGGAAGAUGAGGACGAGGAGGAUGGAAAGGCUACGGGAGAGAGGGAAGAGGAGAGGGAAAAGCGGGGGUGGCGUGAGCGAGAGGAGGAGUUGUUGCGUGUGGAAAGGUUAAAUCACCAGCGUGCUCUUCAGGCCCUGGACGCACAAGCCAAUGAAGAACUUCAGUCGGAAAGACAACGCUUGCUCACACAGCACAAACUACAGCUGGACAAGCAGAAGGCAGAGCUGACCCAGCAGCACACUGAGUGGGUGAGACAGGUCACCCAGAGACACAUGCAGCAGAUUGAGGACCUUCAGAACGAAAUACACACACACACACAAAUGAUGGCCCUGCAGCAGGAUCUGAAGCAGCAAAACCGCUUACAGUCACUAGAGAGACAGCUGGAUGAGAAGAGCAGCGAGGUUCAGGAGCUAAAGAGAGAGAACGAAGAUCUGAAAGAACGCAUGAGUGCAGUCAUAGCACAGAAAGUAGAACAAGAUGACCAUAAACAUAAACACAAGAGUUUCUCAGAGGAAUGUGAUGAGGCAGGUGAAGCGGUUGGGUCGGAUCACAGGAAUAACAUGGAGAGUGUGAAGAGAGAGCACAGAAUGGAGAUCCAGACCAUAAUAUCAGACUUUGGCACCGCCCAAACACGACUACAGGCCCGCAUAGUUGCCUUGGAAACAGAGUUGAGAGAAAGGGAAGAAAGGGGAAAGAGGAGAGUAGAAGACCUGCACACAAUUGCUAAACUACAGGACAAACUCAGCGAGAGAGACCAACUCAUCAAAAGUCUAGUGGAGGACCUCCACCAGAUAUCCCAGCAUCCAACUCUGUGCAGCGAUGAAAUAUUUAAGCCUUAUGACUCUAGGACACAAGCAGGGACCCUCACACCUACUAUGAAGAAAAAAGGGGUUGAGGAAACUAGCAUCCCAAACUUCUGCUCAUAUGAUGGGGGGUCACCUAAGGCCAAAUGCUCACCAGUUAUGGAGCGUGGCAGUCUGGAACAGUGCGGGCGAGGGACCACCCUAACAAGGACACACACACCCACCUCCCCUCAUUCUGAACACAGAGCCUCUAUCAGACAGAGCCGCCCACCUUCACAAGAGGUGCGACAUCAGCCGCAGCUUAAAAUCAACUACAACCAGCACAUCAGGACUCCAGCUGAGCAGAGGGUUAUUGAAACAGGGCCUGAUGGACAAGACCCUCAAAAACAGGAGUGGUUCACCAAAUACUUCUCUUUCUGAGGUCCCACAAACCUUCGUCCAUAUCUGUCCCAACAUUGAGUACAAGCUCACCAAAGUCACUUUUUUUUUUUGCAUAAUUACAUGCAACUGCAAGCUAACACCAAAUAAGCUUUUCUACAGGAUGCAUCUCACUUUUAUCCUGUUGAUCGAACAGCAGCACACAGGCCCAAUGUCUUAAAACGUUACAAAAAUGAAGAGAUUAUGCAUUGAACCAUGAAAGAACUUUAGGUUACUCACGUAACGCCGGUUCUCUGAUAACAUGAGUGAGGUAACUAACUAUGAGAAUCGCCUCGGGCGUGACCAAUCCUGGAAGCACCAAUUACACCACGUCUGUUGGUUGACAGACCAAUCACGACAGUGAUGCGGGAGUCCCGCCUCCC